AUGGGCAGCCGACGGCAGCCUCGUGUUUGGACGCUGCUACUGCUGGCGCUGGCAGUACACUCGGUCAUUCCUGGCUUCGUGUCUGGUAGGACGACCUCCCCACAGCGCCGCGGCCUCCAGGCGCGAGCAGAAGAGGCCAAGGUGCCCAAGGAAUCCUUGGCCAUCGUCAAAGCCGAGGAGGUCGGGAACCUAGCGGCCGAUGACGAGUGGCUGGGCCUGGGGAUAGAGCUUGGCAUCGUGCUGCGCAGCGCGGUGCGCGAGAGCAUUAAGGGCCGAGUGCGCGAGUUCAUCGGCAAAGACAGCUAUGAGUUUGGUGACCUCAGCAAAGAGGCGGAUGCGCGCGUCAAGUCGGUGAUUGCGGACAUGCGCGGCAAAGAGAACUACGAGCUUGGUGAUCUUACCUUGGCACUGGACAAGAUUGUCAAGGAUGAGGUUUGCAAGGUCACCGGCAAGGACCCGGGCGAGUACGAGAUGGGAGACCUGUCGAAGGAGGUCGAUCGCCGUGUGAAGGUCGUCGUGGCGGAUUUCUGCGGCAAGGAAACAUACGAGCCUGGCGACCUCACGCGCGAGGUCACACGCCGGGUGCAGAACACUGUGAACGAGUUCACGGGGAAAGAGAGCUAUACCUUCGGAGAUGUCACGAGGGAGCUGAACAACCGGCGCACAGCGUGGAUGAAGAGCUACCUGGGCAAGGAAGGAUACCAGUUUGGUGACCUGACGAAGAAGUUCAUCACCGACUUCACCGGGAAAGAGGAUUACCAGUUCGGGGACAUCACGAAGAAAGUGCUGUCCGACUUCACUGGCAAAGAGCAUUUCACGCUGGACGACGUCGGCCGAGCUGUCGGCGAGAAGCUCUUCGGCAACAAGCCGACGAAGAAGUGA